AUGGCCUUCCAAAAAUCACUUGGCUUCCUGGUGUUUCUCCUGCUGAUUGUUAACCCUGAACUUUCCGGAGCUCAACAUUGGUCACAUGGUUGGUAUCCAGGGGGCAAAAGGGAACUGGAUGUACCUCAGUCUCCACUGGUUUCAGAAGAACUCAAGCUAUGCGAAGGAGAGAACUGUAUGUUCCUGAGGAGUUCUCAGAAAGACUUCAUGAGGAGCUUUUUGACUGAUAUGUUGGUGCGACGGAUUCAGAAGAAGAAAUGA